CAUCCCUAGGCCACGCCCCCUCUGUGUGACUGACACGCUCCAGGCGAAUGGGCGCGCAGGGCGAGGAGGCGCCGGCCAAUGGCGCGCUGUGCUGGUCCUCCCGCCACUCCCCCUCUCCCCGGCGGCUGCUCCCGCAGUGAUACUGCACCGUGCACACCCGAGUCUGCGGCACAGGGCGACCGGCGGCGGCAGUAGCGAUGGAGGAAGAGCUGAAGUGCCCGGUGUGCGGCUCCUUCUACCGGGAGCCCAUCAUCCUGCCAUGCUCGCACAGCCUGUGCCUGUCCUGCGCCCGCAACAUCCUGGUGCAGACCCCGGACACCGAGUCCCCGCACAGCCGCCGCGCCUCCGGCCUCUCCGACUACGACUACCUGGACCUGGACAAGAUGAGCCUGUACAGCGAGGCGGACAGCGGCUACGGCUCGUACGGGGGCUUCGCCAGCGCCCCCACCACCCCCUGCCAGAAGUCCCCCAACGGGGUGCGGGUCUUCCCCCCCAGCAUGCCGCCCGCACAGCCGCCGCACCACCACUCGUCCGGGGCGCUGCUGCCCCCGGGCCGCCACCAGUGCCUGACCUGCCCGCAGUGCCACCGCUCCCUGCUGCUGGACGAGCGGGGGCUGCGCGGCUUCGCCAAGAACCGGGUGCUGGAGGGGGUGAUCGAGCGCUACCAGCAGAGCAAGGCGACCGCCCUCCGCUGCCAGCUGUGCGAGAAGAGCCCCAAGGAGGCCACGGUCAUGUGCGAGCAGUGCGACGUCUUCUACUGCGAGCCCUGCCGCCUGCGCUGCCACCCGCCCCGGGGACCCCUGGCCAAGCACCGCCUGCUGCCCCCGGCCCAGGGCAGGGUGAGCCGGAGGCUGAGUCCCCGCAAGAUCUCCACCUGCACCGACCAUGAGCUGGAGAACCACAGCAUGUACUGCGUGCAGUGCAAGAUGCCCGUCUGCUACCAGUGCCUGGAGGAGGGCAAGCACGGCAGCCAUGAGGUCAAGGCCCUGGGGGCGAUGUGGAAGCUGCACAAGAGCCAGCUUUCCCAGGCCCUGAACGGACUGUCAGACCGAGCUAAGGAAGCUAAAGAAUUCCUGGUCCAGCUAAGAAACAUUGUCCAGCAAAUCCAGGUACAGUUGUCAGCUGACAAAGAAUCAAAGCAAAAGGAGAAUAGCGUGGAGUUUGAGGCCUGCCUGGUCGCCCAGUGUGAUGCCCUAAUCGAUGCCCUCAACAGAAGGAAGGUCCAGCUUCUAGCCCGGGUGAACAAGGAGCAUGAACACAAGCUUAAGGUCGUGCGCGAUCAGAUCUCUCACUGCACAGUGAAACUGCGGCAGACUACCGGAUUGAUGGAGUAUUGUCUGGAAGUUAUAAAGGAGAAUGACCUCAGCGGCUUUCUGCAGAUAUCUGACGCCCUGAUCCGGAGGGUGCAUCUGACGGAGGACCAGUGGGGCAAAGGGACCCUCACUCCAAGAAUGACCACCGAUUUCGAUCUAAACCUGGACAGCGCCCCCCUCUUACAGUCCAUCCACCAGCUGGAUUUUGUACAGAUGAAAGUUCCGUCCCUAGUGCCAGCACCCCCGAUGCUCCAGAUGGAGGAAUGCUGCACCCACAAUAAUAGUGCCACGUUGUCAUGGAAACAGCCCCAGAUGUCAAUGGUGCAAGCAGAAGGGUACAUACUGGAGCUGGACGAUGGGAACGGGGGGCAGUUCAGGGAAGUGUUUGUUGGGAAGGAGACAAUGUGCACAGUGGACGGUCUUCACUUCAACAGCACAUACAACGCCCGAGUCAAGGCCUUCAAUAAAGCUGGGGUCAGCCAGUACAGCAAGACCCUGAUUCUGCAGACCUCUGAAGGUUCUUAUCCUCGAAUGUCAGCAUGCCUUGCGGCUCGUUUGCAAAUCAACACCAUGCCCUCUCCACUCGAAUUCCUCCAAAACUCAGAACAGGAAACUUGUGUGUCUCCAGUUGACAUUAAAAAGCUGGUUGCAGUGGCCUGGUUCGCCUUUGACCCCGGCUCAGCGCACUCGGAUAUCAUCUUCUCCAACGACAACCUGACCAUCACGUGUAACAGCUAUGACGACAGGGUGGUGUUGGGGAAAACUGGCUUCUCUAAAGGGGUCCACUAUUGGGAACUUACCAUCGACCGAUACGACAAUCACCCAGACCCUGCCUUCGGUGUGGCCCGCGUUGAGGUGAUGAAGGAUGUCAUGCUGGGUAAAGACGACAAGGCGUGGGCCAUGUAUGUGGACAAUAAUCGCAGCUGGUUCAUGCACAACAACUCCCACACAAACAGGACGGAAGGGGGCAUCACAAAGGGAGCCACUGUUGGGGUCCUCCUAGACUUCACUAGGAGAACGUUGACCUUUUCCAUUAAUGAAGAGCAGCAGGGACCCGUGGCUUUUGAAUGCAUGGAGGGGUUCUUGUUUCCCGCUGUGAGUCUCAAUAGGAAUGUCCAGGUAACCCUCCAUACCGGUCUGCCAAUCCCCGGUUUCUACACAUCAAGAGCAUCUUUACAGUCUUAAAAGUGCUGAUGUGACAGAAAUGGCUUUUAUCUUUCUCCCAACAUUCAUCACAUUGAACGCCAAAGCAGCAAAUAGUGUCCAUGGAGAGAGAAAAGCUACAGGCAGUAUUCUGUACACCUUGAAGGAACAGAAGCUACAGGGUCUACUUACCACACCUCUCCCAAGAUGUCCACACCAUGCCUCUCCGAGAUGUACAAACCACACCUCUCCAAGAUGUCCACACCAUGCUCAUUUGAGAUCUAUAAACCACACCUCUCCAAGAUGUGCACACCAUGCCUCUCCAAGAUGUACAAACCACACCUCUCCAAGAUGUCCAUGCCAAGCUUCUCAGAGAUGUACAAACCACACCUCUCCAAGAUGUCCAUGCCAAGCUUCUCAUAGAUGUACAAACCACACCUCUCCGAAAUGUUUAUACCAUGCCUCUCCAAGAUGUACAAAUCACACCUCUCCACAAUGUCUACACCUCCCCAUGUUGUCUACACCACACACCUCCCAGAUAUUUAAACCUCUUCAUGAUGUCCACACUACUCCUCUUCAUGGUUUCCACACUAGACCCUCUCAGUGACGUCCACACCACACUUCUCCUUGACGUCCACAACACUCCUCUUCAUGAUCUCCACACCUCUCUGAGAUGUACAAAUCACACCUCUCCAAGAUGUCCACACCAUGCCUCACCGAAAUAUAUACAAAACAUACCUUUCCAUGAUAUUCAUACCAAACCUCUCAAUGUCCACACCUCUCCUUAGUGUCCACAGUUCACCCUCUCAGUGGCAUCCACACCACACCUCUUCAUGGUGUCCACACUACACCCUCUCAGUGGUGUACACACCACCCCUCUCCAUGAUGUCCACACUUCUCCGUCUCAGUGACGUACACACAACACCACACCUCUCAGUGGUGUCCACACUACACUCUCUGUGUAAAUUCUCAUCAUAUCUCUCCAUGAUGUCAACUCUGGUAAGACCCCAAGGCUGAUUACUGGAAAGCCUAGGUCAUUAAUGGCUGCAUUCCUAGCAUGAACUCACCAUGUAUACACAUUCUUGCUGGUUUAUUUGCUGCUGCUACAACUUCAAGGAUCCUAAAACUGUAAACUUAACAUUGGAUAAUUGAAAUCAGACACUGAAAGUACAGGCUUCUAUCUCCACGGGAGACUGCAAAACUAGUUGCUUCUUCUAAAAUGGAUCAUCAACAAACGUUAACCAGCCAUGACAGAAGUCUUUUGCGUUGGAAUCGGAAUACUUUUCUAAUGGUAAUGAUGUUCUGAGUUUGGACGAAAGAUCAACCAUAGCUUGUAUAUAAAUAUGUUUCUUAAUAUGUUGUUCCCCUGAAGAAUAUUCAGUAGGCUUAUGUCCCCGAUCAUGAUACAGUUGUCUGUAUGGUGCUUGUUAAAUUAGAAGUGGCAGUGUCUUACAAAUUCCUAUAGUCUUUUUCAUAAGGUUCAGAAAGUGAUGUAAAGCAACAUGUGUGGUCCAAUCCGUGCACUUGCUCAUAUUCCAUGGAGUCUUUCCCACUAGGCAAUAUGGGCACCUCCUAAGGGCAGCAUAUGAUCUUGGGGCAUUAAACUUUCUACCAGUACAACUGAAUGGUAAAAUGUACAUUAGUGCACAGGCAAUAUGUCCUCCUACUGAUUUUUAUAAGGUGGAUCUUUUUCUAGACACAACAGUAUUGCAAGACAAGUGUAGUGUAAUUAUGUAGAAUCUUUUCAAACCAAUAGGUCCUUUUGUUCUACAAGUCCUUCAUAGAUGGUGUCAACAUAAACCCAAAUUCAAGCCAAACAUGGAAUCAGUGGUUAGCUACGCCCUCUGGUCUUUCACACUGGUUAACGCCCAAAUCACUUUCCCAAGUCUAUAGGUUUAGACGUAAUAGUUAUCUGAGUGUUUGACGAAGACAAAAGCCUCUAACGUCCUAGAGGAUGCUGGGGACUCCGUAAGGACCAUGGGGAAUAGAAGGGCUCCGCAGGACAUAGGGCACUUUAAGAAAGCUUUGGAUUCUGGGUGUGCACUGGCUCCUCCCUCUAUGUCCCUCCUCCAGACCUCAGUUUUACACUGUGCCCAGAGGAUGAAGGGUGCACUGCAGGGAGCUCUCUUGAGUUCUUUGCUACAGAAAGCAUUUUUGUUUGGAUUUUUACUUUUUCACAGGGAGCACUGCUGGCAACAGGCUCCCUGCAUCGAGGGACUGAGGAGAGAGGGGCAGACCUACUUAACUGAUAGGAUCUGCUUCCUCGGCUACUGGACACCAUUAGCUUCAGAGGGGGUGAACACAGGUUCGUCCUGGGCAUCCACCCCCGGAGCCACGCCGCCGUUCUCACAGAGCCAGAAGAACAGAAGCAAGAAGACGUCUCAGGCGGCAGAAGCCUUCAGCUUCACAGAGGUAACGCACAGCACUGCAGCUGUGCGUCAUUGCUCCACAUCACCUCACACACUCCGGUCACUGUAUGGGUGCAGGGCGCAGGGGGGGGGGCGCCCUGGGCAGCAAUAAUAACACCUCUUGGAUGGCAAAUAGGUAUAUACAUGUACAGCUGGGCACUGUACAUGUAUAUAAUUGAGCCCCCGCCAUUUUACACGAUUUCGAGCGGGACAGAAGCCCGCCACCGAGGGGGCGGGGCUUCUCCCUCAGCACUCACCAGAGCCAUUUCUCUCUCCACAGAACGCUCUCCCCUGCUUACACGCGGUGAAGGGGGGUUAAAAAGAGAGGGGGGGGGGCACAUAAUUGGCGGAUAAAGUAUAAUACAGCGCUGCUGGGGAAAAGCAUUCUGUGUUGGUCUCCAGGUUGUUGCGCUGGGGUGUGUGCUGGCAUACUCUCUCUCUGUCUCUCCAAAGGGCCUUUCAGGGGAACCUGUCUUCAGAAAGUUUCCCUGUGUGGUGUGUGCAGUGUGUCGGUACGUGUGUGUCGACAUGUUUGAUGAGGAAGGCUCGCUUAAUGUGGAGGGGGGGUGCUUGAAUGUCAGGUCGCCGUCGGCAACGCCGACACCGGACUGGGUGGAUAUGCUGAAUGUCUUGAAUGCAAAUGUAAAUCUCCUGCAUAACAGAUUAGACAAGGCUGAAGCUAGGGAUCAGUCAGGUAGCCAGUCCGUGCCUGUCCCUGUGGUGCCAGGACCUUCAGGGUCUCAAAAGCGCCCCAUAUCCCAGGUCGCUGACACAGAUACCGACACAGAUACUGACUCUAGUGUCGACUAUGAGGAUGCAAAAUUACAGCUGAAGGUGGCAAAAGGUAUUAGGUACAUGAUUAUUGCCAUAAAGGAGGUUUUGCAUAUCACGGUGGAACCCCCUGUCCCUGACACAACGGUUCACAUGUAUAAAGGGAAAAAGCCUGAGGUCACGUUUCCGUCCUCAUUUGAGCUAAGCGAAUUAUGCGAAAAGGCUUGGGAGUCUCCGGAUAGGAGACUCCAUGUUCCCAAAAGGAUUUUCAUGGCGUAUCCUUUUCCACAGAAGGAUCGGAUACGAUGGGAAUCUGCGCCUAAAGUAGACAAGGCGCUGACACGUUUAUGCAAGAAGGUGGCACUGCCUUCUCCGGAUACUGCUUCCCUCAAGGAUCCUGCUGAUCGCAAGCAGGAAAUUACCAUGAAGCACAUUUACACACAUUCAGGAACUAUAGUUAGGCUGGCCAUGGCGUCGGCCUGGGUUUGUAGUGCUGUCGUGGCAUGGGCAGACUCCUUAUCUACGGAGAUGGGCACCUUAGAUAGGGAUACCAUUCUAAUGAUCAUGGAGCUUAUCAGAGAUGCUGCCUUGUAUAUGAGGGAUGCUCAGAGGGACAUUUGUUUACUAAGCUCUAGAAUAAACGCUAUGUCUAUUUCUGCUAGGCGGCUCUUGUGGACCCGACAGUGGACGGGAGACGCCGACUCAAAGCGGCAUAUGGAGUCAUUGCCUUACAAGGGGGAGGAGUUGUUUGGAGAAGGCCUCUCGGACCUUGUCUCUACUGCUACGGCCGGAAAAUCAAAUUUUUUACCUUAUGUUCCCCCGCAGCAUUCUAAGAAGGUACCACAUUAUCAAAUGCAGUCCUUUCGUUCCAAUAAAAACAAGAAGGUACGAGGAUCGUCCUUCGUUGCCAGAGGUAGAGGCAAGGGAAAAAAGCUGCAAUCCGCUAGUUCCUAGAAGCAGAAGUCCUCCCCUACUUCCGCAAAGUCCACAGCAUGACGCUGGGGCUUUCCGGGGGGGGUUAGAUCAAGUGGGGGCACGUCUUCGUCUUUUCAGCCACGUCUGGGUUCAAUCACAGGUGGAUCCCUGGGCAAUAGAGAUUGUUUCCCAGGGAUACAAACUGGAAUUCGAAGACAUGCCCCCUCGCCGGUUUUUCAAAUCGGCUCUGCCGGCUUCCCCCUCAGAGAGGGAGCUAGUGUUAGCGGCAAUUCACAAAUUGUACAUUCAACAGGUGAUAAUCACGGUUCCUCAUCUCCAGCAAGGAGAGGGUUAUUAUUCAUCCCUGUUUGUGGUACCGAAACCAGACGGUUCGGUCAGACCCAUUCUAAAUCUAAAAUCCCUGAACCUGUACUUGAAGAGGUUCAAGUUCAAAAUGGAAUCGCUCAGAAUGGUCAUCGCCAGCCUGGAGGGAGGGGAUUGGAUGGUGUCCCUGGACAUAAAGGAUGCGUACCUUCAUGUUCCGAUUUUCCCCCCUCACCAGGCGUUUCUGAGAUUUGCAGUACAGGAUUGUCACUACCAAUUUCAGACGUUGCCGUUUGGUCUUUCCACGGCCCCGAGAAUUUUCACCAAGGUAAUGGCGGAAAUGAUGGUGCUCCUGCGCAAGCAGGGAGUCACAAUUAUCCCGUACUUGGACGAUCUCCUUAUAAAGGCGAGAUUUCGGGAGAAGUUGCUGGACAGCGUGUCUCUGUCCGUGCAGACGUGGCAGAUGCACGGCUGGAUUCUCAAUUUACCAAAAUCCCAGCUAGUACCUGGAACGCGUCUGACCUUUUUGGGCCUGAUUCUAGACACAGACCAAAAAAGAGUUUUUCUUCCGGUGGAGAAGGCUCAGGAGCUCAUAGCCCUGGUCAGGAACCUUUUGAAGCCAAAAAAGGUUUCGGUGCAUCAUUGCACAAAGGUUCUGGGGAAGAUGGUGGCUUCCUACGAGGCCAUCCCCUUCGGCAGGUUCCAUGCGAGGACUUUCCAAUGGGACCUAUUGGACAAAUGGUCCGGGUCCCAUCUACAUAUGCAGAAACGGAUCACCCUGUCUUCCAGGGCCAGGGUAUCAAUCCUGUGGUGGCUGCACAGUGCUCACCUCCUAGAGGGUCGCAGGUUCGGCAUUCAGGACUGGAUCCUGGUGACCACGGACGCGAGCCUCCGAGGUUGGGGGGCUGUCACACUGGGAAGAAAUUUCCAAGGUCUCUGGUCAAGCCUAGAGACUUGUCUCGACAUCAGUGUCCUGGAGUUAAGGGCCAUUUACAACGCCCUACGCCAGGUGGAGGAAUGGCUUCAGAACAAACCGGUUCUGAUUCAGUCGGACAAUAUCACGGCAGUGGCUCAUGUAAACCGCCAAGGCGGCACAAGGAGCAGAGUGGCCAUGGCAGAGGCAACCAGGAUUCUGUGCUGGGCGGAAGGCCAUGUAAGCGCACUAUCAGCAGUAUUCAUCCCGGGGGUGGACAACUGGGAGGCGGACUUCCUUAGCAGGCACGACCUGCAUCCGGGAGAUUGGGGACUUCAUCAAGAAGUCUUCGCACAGAUCGUGGAUCGGUGGGGGCUGCCUCAAAUAGACAUGAUGGCGUCCCGUCUCAACAAAAAGCUAAAGAGGUAUUGCGCCAGGUCAAGAGACCCUCAGGUGGUAGCGGUAGACGCUCUGGUGACACCAUGGGUGUUCAGAUCGGUCUAUGUGUUUCCUCCUCUGCCUCUCAUACCCAAGGUGUUGAGAUUAAUAAGACUAAGAAGGGUCAGAACAAUUCUCAUUGUUCCAGAUUGGCCAAGGAGGACUUGGUAUCCGGAUCUGCAAGAGUUGCUCACAGAAGAUCCGUGGCCUCUUCCUCUAAGGCAGGACCUGCUGCAGCAGGGGCCCUGUCUGUUCCAAGACUUGCUGCGUUUGACGGCAUGGCGGUUGAACGCCGGAUCCUAGCUGAAAAAGGGAUUCCGGAGGAGGUCAUUCCUACCCUGAUUAAGGCUAGGAAGGAUGUGACAUCGAAACAUUAUCACCGUAUAUGGCAGAAAUAUGUUUCUUGGUGUGAGGCCAGAGCUGCUCCUACGGAGGAGUUCCAUUUGGGCCGUCUGCUUCACUUCCUUCAAACGGGAGUGAAUUUGGGCCUAAAAUUAGGGUCCAUAAAGGUCCAAAUUUCGGCCUUAUCCAUUUUCUUUCAAAGAGAAUUGGCUUCUCUUCCUGAAGUACAGACUUUUGUGAAGGGAGUGCUGCAUAUUCAGCCUCCCUUUGUACCUCCGGUGGCGCCUUGGGAUCUUAACGUGGUAUUAAGUUUCCUCAAGUCACCUUGGUUUGAACCACUCAAGACAGUGGAGUUGAAAUACCUCACUUGGAAAGUGGUCAUGUUGUUGGCCUUAGCUUCUGCAAGGCGUGUUUCGGAAUUAGCGGCUUUAUCAUAUAAAAGCCCAUACCUGAUUUUUCACGUGACCAGAACAGCUAGGAUCAGGAAGACUGAAGCUCUGUUUGUUCUGUAUGCGGCCAACAAGGUUGGCGCUCCUGCUUCAAAGCAGACAAUUGCUCGCUGGAUCUGUAACACGAUUCAGCAGGCGCAUUCUACGGCAGGAUUGCCAUUGCCUAAAUCGGUUAAGGCCCAUUCCACUAGGAAGGUGGGCAUACUUGGGCGGCUGUCCGAGGGGUCUCGACACUACAACUGUGCCGAGCUGCUACUUGGUCGGGGUCAAACACCUUUGCAAAGUUCUAUAAGUUUGAUACCCUGGCUGAGGAGGACCUCCUGUUUGCUCAAUCGGUGCUGCAGAGUCAUCCGCACUCUCCCGCCCGUUUGGGAGCUUUGGUAUAAUCCCCAUGGUCCUUACGGAGUCCCCAGCAUCCUCUAGGACGUUGGAGAAAAUAGGAUUUUACUUACCGGUAAAUCUAUUUUUUUAAUUGCUAAUAUUUUUUUUUUUUUUUCUAGUGUUCAUUGCCUCCUUAAAGCACAACCUUUAAGCCUCCUGCUUUUGUAAAAAUUUGAAGCGGUGGUUAAUUUGUCUGACUAUAGUUAUAUCCAAGCUUUGCUGCCCUCCGGUGGCGGCAAUAAGAAUUAACAUUUAUUGUGUACCUUUGGUACUAAGGACGCAAUGCCAAACCGCAUCUCGAGUUUGUCAAUAUAUCAUACAUAUCUUUCAACAAUAAUUGGAUCAUGAAAAAAUAUAUUUCCAGAACUUUCCUUUCCUCUGCAAGUACGCACGUUAUUUUAGAUCGCAUGCAAGCUAAGGCUUCUCCCCCUGCGUGCUACUUUCUUCUGGCCACUAGCCAUCAAAGUCCCUUUUAUAUCCUAUUGUCACGUCCUGAACUUGGAGUAACUGCCUGUCCGCUUGGGUUGCCCAGGUGACCAAGUGAAUGGUUUCAUCUUAUUGUCACUUGGUACAGCGGUUUCCAAACUUGGCCCUCAAGGAGCCCUAUCAGUACAUGAUUUAAGGAUACCCAUGCUUAAGGAUGAUUUAAGUCCGUUUAAUUAUCCCAUCUCUGCACAAGCAUUGGAUAUAAUUACAACCUGGACUGUAAGGGUUCCCUGAGGAGCAAGUAUGGCUUGGUGCAUUCUGCGACAAAUGCCAGACUGGACGAAGCACUAGAAGUCUGCUUUAAGUUCCUCCUGCAGCUCAGUGUCCCCAUGUAAUUGUUUUGCUGAGCGUUAAUGCUGUGGAAUGCUGGAGGCGAUGCCGGGAACGACGCAAAGCGAGCCAUCUUCUGAGAGCGCGCGAGAAUUCGCUGACAAUAGCGUUUGAAGCCCCGGCACCAGAAUCUACUAGGCUUUGUUGCCGCACAUUAAACGUGCCUCGUGCACUUUGAUUUUUAAAGCCAGUGUGUCCUCUGCUUAUCGAGCCAGCAAUACACAAUCUGUAACAAUGCAGUAACUAUCGCUCCAGGGAGAGUGGGCAAUCCGCAAAUCAAUGUAAAUAGGUGAUUUUAGCUGUUUGUGUUGAAUAUAUAAAUAUAUAUAUGUAGAGUUUUACCUUGCUAAUUUAUUUUAAUUGGUGCUACUCCGUCCACUUGCUGUGUGUGCAUUAGCUAAUCUUGGCUACAGAAGAUCUCUGUUGCGGGACAACGCUGACGGAUUCCUUUAUUUUUCUGAUGAGUCGCAAUGGCUGGGCCACAGCGUGCUUGUUCGCCACUCGUGGUGGAUAAUCCUCAUUACAAUGCUUAUUGGAUCGCUGGUGAGUUGUAGCGCAUAGUUGACUUGUAUGUGUAGCAAUUGCCCUCUGCAGACGCUGUAUUAAAGACUAUAAAUCAUGUUUGUUGUUACCAAUAAAUUAACUUUCGGAGGGA